AUGGUUCCUGGUGGAUUUUCGUUCAUCCAGGUACCUCGACCUAGCUCCCGGCGCGGUGGUGGUGUCGCUGUCGUCUUCAAGUCAACUAUUGCUGCCACUCUUGUUGCCGACUCGCAGGCUUACGAUUCGUUCGAGCACAUGGACGUUCGUCUCAAGUUUGGCAAUCGAACCCUACGCCUGUUAGUUGUCUACCGUCCACCGAGGUGCUCGGAAAGUGAUUUCCUCCGUGAUUUCUCCCUUGUUCUAGAGAUACUCUUAUAUGGUCGUUCGUUCAUGUCUCUCAUUGACUCAUGUGGUCUGCAACAGCACGUUGUUGGCCCCACCCAUGAGCGCAGUGCCACGCACAAGCGCCACACUCUUGAUCUCGUCCUCUCUCGUCAGCGCAAUCAUCUUGUCUCCAAAGUGUGUGUUGGUCCCCGCGUUAUCAGUGAUCACCAUCCAGUGUUGUGUGUCCUCGACCUUCAUCCUCCUCGGUGGCUCACCAAGAAGCUCCUGACUCGCUCGCUGAAAUCUAUCGAUUGGGAUAAAUUUGCUACUGCGAUCGCCAACCUGCCUCUUCUCUCUGCGCCUUCCGACAACCUCGACGGACUUGUUGAGCAAUACAAUAAUGGUUUACGUGCAGUGCUUGAUCUUCAUGCUCCUGUCCGGACCCGAACUGUAACUCUUCGGCCUGUCAACCGCUGGAUGACGUCUGAGAUUCUUGACACUAAGACGAAGCUUCGUCAUUUUGAGCGCUGUUGGCGUUCUCGUCAGCUGGCGAUUGAUUUUGAAAUUUUCCAGACUCAUCUGCUCACCUACUCGGAGAUGCUCAAGGCUGCUCGAACUCUUUUUUUCUCCACUGAAGUCCGUCAGUGUCGAGGUGACAUGCGCGCAUUAUAUCGUCUCGUCGGUGACCUCAUGGGAUCAACGACCAAGCCAUCACUUCCCACUCGCUCGAGUGAUCAAGAAGUUGCAGACGACCUGAACCAGUUUUUCUGCUCCAAGGUCUCUGCUCUCACAUCGCGCUUUCACUCCGACACCGAUUCUCCUCGUCGCUCACCACGACCAGCUACCAGCUCCUUCGUCUCCAUUCAUGGACACGACAUGCAGCUGCUCCGCUUUGUCCCGCCUCGAUCCUCUUCCACACCACUGGUGAAAAAAUUUGUCCACCUUCUCACCGGUCCGAUCUCUCUCAUCAUCAACUUAUCCAUCACUACUGGCUGCUUUCCUUCCACCUUGAAGCAUGCUGUCAUCACACCCCUCAUCAAGAAGCCUGGACUUGACCCUGAGGAUCUCGCCAACCAUCGGCCGAUUGCUGGACUCUCCUUUCUUUCGAAGCUGAUUGAACGUGUAGUCCACCGCCAACUCUCUACUCAUCUCGGGGCUUUCAACCUUCUUCCUGAUCGUCAGUCUGCCUAUCGCACAAAUUACUCCACUGAGACUGCGCUUCUUGGACUCUACAAUGACCUUCUCUGCACUGUCGACGCCGGUCAGGCCACCGCCGUUUGCUUCCUUGAUCUGACAGCUGCCUUUGAUACCAUCGAUCACACCAUUCUUCUCGACUCUCUUUCAACUCGUUGUGGCGUUGCAGCUGAUGCCUUACUCUGGUUUGCAUCUUACCUUUCUGGUCGCACCCAGUGUGUUCGUGUUGGUGACUGCUUCUCCUCGAGUGUUCCAGUUCCUUAUGGUGUUCCUCAAGGCUCUGUCAAUGGUGCAAUCCUUUUUAUUCUUCUAGUCUCUGCCCUUCCUGAGCAAACCGAAACCGAUGGUGUGAUCAUUGAUCAAUAUUCUGAUGACACAAAUGGCCGAAUCACUUUCCAACUACACUCUAAAACCAACCAUUCUGACCAACAGGCUGCUAUUGCAAACCUUAGUCACUGGACUUGUCGCACUGAUCGAUGGCUUUUUGAUCAACACGUCAUCCUCAACCUUUCUAAGUGUCUCUUCUUUUACGCCAUCUCCCCUCAUCAAGACCACAAACUUGCCCCUCUACCGUUGGAAAUGGGCUCCAGCAUUCUUCAACCGUCCGCUGAAGUCAAACACCUUGGCGUUUAUUUUGAUUCUCAUCUUUCGAUGUUCUCCCACAUUCGCAAUGUUUGUCGGUCCUCCUUCAAGUAG